GCAGACAGUACAUGGCAUUUUAUGUGUAGGAGUUUAAGGGAAGACUCGAGGAUUGGCUUCGUCGAACCUUCUCGGCCCUAGUCUAGACUAGAGAGAACUGUUGUAGCUUGUGUAGUUGUUCUUAUACCGAUGGGGAGUCCAUGUAAAGCAGAUAAUUGGAUACUGUUGGGUAAGGGAGGAGCAUCAUAUCAUCUUCCUCAAAGCAUGAUUUUUAUUGGUCGUCAAGAAUGUGAUAUUCUCUUGCAGUCUUCUAGCGUUGAUAAAAGACAUGCUGUGAUAUGUUAUGAUGCCAGUGAACGAUGCUUUUGUAUUAAAGAUCUGAACAGUCUAAAUGGAACUUAUCUAAAUGGAUUGCGUAUACCAGAACAGUCUUAUGUGAAGUUAAACCAUCUUGACUGUCUUCGUUUUGGCUACGGAUCUGAUGUUUUUUACGUGAGAAAAUCUGUAGAAGCUUCUACUCCAAAACAAACCAUAGAAUCAAGUAGUUGUCUUUCUCAACUCGACCAAAGUUCUAAAGGGGCAACAUUACUGAGCAAACCAUUCACAGACUCGUGGAACUCUACCAAUCAAAACAGAGAGACUAGUACGAAAUUUAAACGGCAUUCUGUUGGAGAUACAGAUAUAAAUGGUUGUCAUGUAGUAACAAAUAGAAAAUACAGCACAUCAGACAAACUACAAGACCACCAAGAAAAGCUACAAUAUACUGAUUCACUAGAAGACCUCAGGACUACUCCAAGUAGUGCUCAAGAGCAGUCAUCCCAUUCAAGACUUUCACCAGUGUUUUUGAUUUCACAGAAGUCACAACCUCAAGCAAAACCAUCAGUUAUGAGUCCUCAUGGAAGUCGCACUAAUGUAAAAUCUGCAGGGGAUAGUAGUCAUCCACAUUCACCAGAAAGCACUACUGGGGAGAAAACCCCAACACCAAGUACCCAACAUACUGUUGGUCAAGAAAGCUUUUCACAGAAAGCUGAAUCUCCAUGUUCUGAGGAGAAAGAUGACAGGACAGACAGUGGAAUUGUUAGUUCUCCAGAUAAGGGAGUGGCAACAUCACCUGUAGCUUUUACCAUUGCUUUUAGUAAUGAGUUUGCUGCACCUCGCAAAACUUUGGGUAUUAAGGACAGCAUAAGCAAAUUUGCCCCUCCUGACAGACAACGACAAAGAACUAAGGCUAAUGACAAUACAAAUGGAACAAAGGCAGUUUCUCAAGAUGCAAAAUCUGUAAGUUCCAGUGAUACAAACCGUAAGCAAGAACGGCUUGCUUCAGAAAAAUCAGAAGAAUAUCCUGAAGAAAAGGUGAAAGUGAAACAUAAGGAGAGUCCUUCCAAAAAGCAGCCUACUGCUAAUGGUAAACUUAGUACUUCUGCAACUUAUUUAAUACAAAGAAUGUUAGACAGUGAACCAUCACCAAAGAUUGUAUCUGAGGAAGAAACAAAUCAGGAAGUAUCUCCUUGUUCAGUUGAAAGGAAGGGACAGUUUACUUCUCCGCAGAAGCACUCAAGUCCAAAACAAGAUUCCAAAAUGCAACAGAAACACCUUCACUCCCCUACAGCUGAUAAAGAACUUUAUAUUGGUGAUGACAAAAGUGAAACUGGGACAUACACUGUAGAAGGAGACCAAACUGACAAAGAUUUGGAAGAGGCUCGUCGGAAAAUUGACGAGGUCUUUGGUGUGUUUAUAAAUCAUGAUUCAAUGUCUGAAACACAAAGUGCUUUUUCUUUAGUUGGAGACUUAACCAAAAUUCCUGACACGGUGUCAGAAGAGAUGAAAAAAUCUGCUGAAUAUUCACAUCAAGAGCCUAGUAAAGAACAAACACCAUCUAGACCUAAACGUCGUCUUCCCACUCCUCCUAUUCAGAAUUUUGUUCAAAGUGUCAAUACUACGAGGUCAGGUUCUCCCUCAAGAAUUACUCCGAAACCUAUACCUAGUCCACGUCCUAAGCAUAAAGGACAGUCCAGCCUUCAACAGUCCUGGCAUGGUGAGCUCCCAAGUGGAUUUUGUGUGCAAGAAUCAAGUACUGGUGAACUUGUGGACAAUCGACUGGCCACAUCAACAAAUGAUCUUCAAUUCAAACCUUCACCACCAGAUAGGAGUGUAAAGAAAGGAAAGAAAAUUUCUUCUAAGAGAACAGUGUCUCCUGGAAGGUCUAAUGACAUUAUGACAAAAUCAGUAGAUGGAGCUCUACAUAAUCCUGCAGACAAAAGAAAAAGCCCUCGUGCCAAAACUGGAGGGAUUCUUUGGAAGAAAAUGCCAUGGAAUUUAACAUCAUCAGAACAAGAUCUAGAUCAUAGCCGCUCAGAAACAGCCAGCAUUGUGUCUGACAUCUCCACAAGCACAGAACCAAGUUCUCAAAGUUCUGGAAGGGGUAAAACAGACUCGGGACCACAGAUGAAACUUAAUAGAGCAUUUGCUUUGCGAAGAGCAAGACUAGGCUUAGAUUCAGACACACCUUGUGGUGUUUCAAGUGCCAAUAGCCGUCCACCCACUGGCACAACUGAUGUCAAGAAUAGAGCUACUCACCUUAAUCCUUCACUACACAGACAAGAUGGAGGUCGCUUUAGUCUUAGGCUUCCUCGUAGUUCUCCCCGACCAGGCUGUGCCAAACUUGCAGAUUCUAAGAAGCCAGCAUUGGGUCGAGUUAGUUCUCCAAAGUCCCAGCAAAAAUCAAAGAAAAAACAGCCUUCAGAUUAUAAAGGUCACAAGCGAAAUGACAGUGAUCCUGGAAAACCUAGAAUCUCAGCCAGAAAAACUAGCUUUACAGUCACAGUGUCUGAUACUGAAGCCCGAUCAGGUACACCAAACUCACAGAAUUCAUCCUUCGAUGGGGAUAAUCUUCAGUUCUUCCACAGAUCGGCAUCAUUUAGUGGGGCAGAUGAUUUGUUAGCAGAACACCGUCCUUUCAGAGGCAUUCCUAUCAGUUUGUCACAUCGAGACUUUACAGGAAGAUCACAUUUAAGAAGCCAGUCAUUCCGUAACAGCCAACUAGCAAAAACUAAGCAAGGGAAUUACAGCAAGAAAGAAGAGUUUGUUGAUAAUGGCUUGAAGGCAGAAACAGAUCAGGAGAAAAUUCAGAGUGGUCAGCAGAAAAGAGAGCUUUCGGCAUUGGACUGCCUGGUGGUGUCAGCUAUUUAUCAGCUAUCAGCCAAACUUCGUAGCACAGCAAGAAUCAUUCUGGAAAAAGAGAAAAACAGGCAUCCAACAAACAGUGACACACGGCUAAUGAUUGAUGAGGUUCUUCCCCAGAUUACAGACAAGAGACUGCCAGACUACGCUCUUGAUAUUAACCAUGCUAAUUUAACCAGGGAACUGUCCAGUGUUCUAAAGAAUCUCAAACGUGUAGAGCAAGGUAUUGAAGUUGUAGCUACACUGAUGGAUUCUCGAUGUGAAGAUGGCUCAUCUAAACACAAGGAACAGACUGCCUCUCAUAGUGGCUUUUUUAUUGUAGAUGUCUAAUUUUGCUUUUUUUUGUAAUUUUAAAUGGUGGUUGUUGUGUGCAAGGCUUUUAAUAUGAAUGUAACAUAGCCAGUAGUUAUUAAAAAAAAGUAUACAAUAUUAACAAGGAGGUGAUCUGUGAUGUAUAGAUGCCUAAAGUAGCAGAUGUAAAGAUUUAUGUGUUUGCAGCAAGAUAUAUUUAAUAUUAACUUCUUGUACAUACUAUAUUAUUCCUAGUAUUUUGUUUGGUAUAAGCUAUUAGCUAAUGUUAAGGUUGUGUUUGGUUAACAAUAUACUUGGUCACCCUAUCUUUCACGUUUCAACUAACUGGUAGCCAUGAAAAUGAGAUUACAUUAUAUAUUAAAGUUCUUCCAAGGAAAUUUUUUAUGUCAGUAAAAUUUAUCUAUAGUCACCUGCAAGUUAUUUAUUUUAGUGUAUUAAGUGGACACUUCUGGUGAUGGGUACACAUAACCAUAUUGUUUGAAUUUAAUGAUAAACAUGAUUCUGACUUUAUGUAUAUGUUCAUAUAUCUAUCUAUCCCAAAUUGUUUUUUUCUCUAAAGAAGUUUAUUUUUUGUACCCUACAUUUUUCUUAUUAGCAAAGUGGCACAGUGGAUGUUUCUGUAGCUAUUUUGCUAUAUUCAGCAAGAAUAGUUUUUUUUUGUUUUUUUUAAUAUUCUGUCUUGUUCUGAUUACUUGAGUAAUGAUGGAUAUUUCUGUGUCUUACUCCAUAUUGUGUAUCAAAAUUAGUUAACAUUUUAUAAUACAGGGGGAUGUAUUGCAUUGUAAUGCAAAUUAAUUCUGUCGUUUAUCUUUUCCUUUCUUGAAAGAAUAGUUGGUAUUUGUGCAUCUUCCAUUUCUAGCAAGAAGAGCUCAAGCCCAUUCUGUCUAUCAUGGAAGAGUUAAGAUAUGUGUAUUCCACCCUGUCCAAUCUAACAGAUAAAAAUUUAUAUCUAACCUUCAUUUUACUUCACAAAAAUUUUUGUUAGUUAUGUUACCCUGUUUUCUUUAAAAUGAAGAUUUUAUACUUGUCUUGAUAUUUUUUUCUGUUUAGAAAAAAAAAGCUAAGAAUUUUUAUGUCUUGCACUGCUUGUCUUUUAAGUAACUUUUAUAGUUCUAUUGUUUUAUCCUGUUUGGUCUAAUUAGAGAAGUUAAUAUCACUGUAAUUUACUUUGUUUUACUCUGUUCUAAAAGGAACAUAGAUUCUUUUUUUUAUCCUAAUGAAUUUGGCCCCAGCUGAUGAACAGAGAAAGUAUUGCAUUCAUGUUAAUUAAUGAGAUACCAGUUAAUAGUGUUUGAAGCAUUCCAUAUUUAGUCCCACUGUUUAGCUAGUUCAAGCUAGUACUCAUAAGUGUGGAGCUUGUGAUAAUUAAAUGCUCAUGUUGUGCAGUGAAAAAUGGUAGUUUUUUUUUUUAAGUAAACUCUUCUGUGGAUUUAUUCCAUAGUUUGUAAUAUCCACACUACUAGUUUUCUCUCUUCAGUCGAAAGUAACUUGUGAUAACAUGUUUCGAACUUUCUUAUAUUGCUGAAAGUUGUGAACUUUAACUGCUACACCUUUGUAAAAAUUCUUCACAUUGAAAUUUGUGAAUUCAGUUAUUGUUUAACUGUUUUUCUCUCUUAUUGCUUAGAAUUGCUGCCCUAAACAUACUGAUCCAAACCAAAUCUGUAAAAAUAUUAUUUAUGCAGCUUAUGGUUUCAUUAGUUCCCAUUUUUUUCUUCUAUUUUUAAAAAUUAAGUUUAUUUUGGUGACUAUUUCAUUAAUGUUGUUAAUAUUUGAUUUAGAGUUAGUUUUUUUUACAGUAUAAAGUUACCCCUUUGUACAGUCAAAUGGUGUGUGUUUUAAAAUGAUUUGAGGUUUGUUAUUUCUGCCAUUCAGUAAAGCAGCUUCCACCAUAGCAGUCUUUAACAUUUAUUAAGGAAAAUACAAGAUUUAUGUGAAGACCUGUAAAAUGGUAGUCUGAACUUUUUUAUGCCAAGUUUCUCUGAAACUUUAGUUAAAUUUCAAAAGUAAUUACAUAAUGAAUGCAUCAGAUGUUUCUAAAGCUCCUAAAUGUGAGUAGUUAUAGAUACACAAGUUUUGUUAGGUGGUAUAAUAAUCUACUUUUUUCUGGAAACAAUAAUCGCCCACCUUUAAUUUUUAGUUAAUCAGUUAUUUAUUUUUAAAGUUUCUUUGUAUCAAGAGGUGCUAUUUACUUGUAUUUUUUUGUAAUAUUAAUCUUUCAGAUAAAAAUUUUUUAUAUAGUUCUGAACUUACUAUGAUACCAUGUUGCAAGAAGUGAAUGAAAGAUGUAUUAGAAAAAUAUGAAACUGUCAUGCAAGUCGGUCAAACAAAGAUUAAAACUAUGAUCUAUAAGGUUGUUGAAUCUUAAAAUUUCAGUAAAAACUUCAAUUGGUUACUGCUCAUUUUUACCUGGUUCUGUUUAUUCUAUCUUGGUAAGUUGUAAGCUGAUAAUUCCCAGGUUAUUUAAUUUUUGGCUAGGACAGGUGGAGUCUGUUGAUCCUCAGGUCAUAAUACCUAUCAUGAACAGCUGUAACUUAUUGAUCAUUAUGUUAUGUGGUCUGUUAUCCUGAAUAUUCAACGUCUGAAAAUAAGGAAAGAUUUGUAAUCAUAAUAGUAGGCAAACGUCUGAUAAUCAUUAAUCCAUCCAAGAGUAUCUUAAACAGUUGUUGCUUUAUGGUUUUCAGGGCAUCCUAGCAUUUAAUUUUGAAUACUUGAGGCCUGAAGAUGAAGUCAUCUGUAUCUUUAUACUGACCAACUGAAAUGUAAUAAUUAUUUGAUAGGUCUGAACUUUUCUUUAUAAUGAACAAAUCAUUCUGCCCGUAACUGUAAUAACAUAGAUCAUCCAAGUCUCUAUCUUAGACAUCCUGACAUUUAUUUGGGACAGUUACAGCUUAGUGAUCAUUAGGGUGCUGAACAGUUGGAGGUUAUUGUUCAUUAGGUCCUACUGACCAUUAUUGUGUACAGUUAUAACUAUGAUGACAGAAUUAUCUAAACUUUUCUGUUGGACAAUUGUAACUGUUACAUAUUACUAAUAAAUCCAUCACAUAACUUAGGGAUUAGUGGGUUGUCUUGAUUGUUUUGAAAAAUUUUAACAAUAGGAUCAUUAAGUUAUCUUGACCUCUAUUCUGAAAACAGGUAGCUUGUUAAUCACCGUAUUUCAUUAACUUCUGUCUUAACAGUUACUGUCCGAUUCAGGUCUAUCUAACUUUUAUGCUUAAAUCUGUGGCCAACAUGCCAGAAGGGCUUUAAAUUUUGAAAUACCCCCCCUAUUUUUGGUAUAACAUAAUGAAAUUAGUUUGAUACUAUAGCCUGAUGUUUGCUGAUCCCAGAAAGUUACAUUGUAAUUGCCAACUACUCCAUCCAAUGUGUGUGUUUUUUGGUUUUUUUAAUGGUUUCCAAGAUAACCCAAAUACUUUAAUUUGGUUACGAGUCUUAUCUCACUUCUAAACUUUGGAAAAUUUUGUAAAAUGCACCAGUAUAUUUUUAUAAUUAGUCUGUAGCAUACUUAGAUGAGUUCCUAGAUAACAUCUGCAUAAACUGGUCCUGUUUUGCUUUAUAAAAUAAAAUAUCAUUUAACUACAUAUAUCACAUUCAGAGUGUCAAGAUGAAUUACCUAUAUUUCUAUAAUAAUGUAUUUUAGAGGAAAUCAGUUAAUGAGUGAGUGUCAGAAUCACAUAGUAACAUUUUCUUUACAAUAUCACAGACCAAAUAGCAGAUCUAACAUCUGGUUGUGUAUUUUAUAAAAUUAUUGCAGUGUUUCAUAUUACAAAUAAACUAUUUUCAAAAACCAGAGUAUUAGCUGCAUGAUUUCUAUAACAAAGUGCUCAAAAUAGAAAAAAGUGGUCUGAUACCAUGUGAACAAGUAGAAUAAAGUCUACACAAGGUUGACAUUAAAUCAAUGGGUUACUGACCACUCCAAUAAUGGCAAAUAUUGUUUAUUGUACCAAGAGCUCUGUGGAUUUAUCCAUUUAAGUGCUGUAAAAUUCUAAAUACACACCUAUAGAAAAUAUAACAUUUUUAUAUAUGAAUGGUGCACAGAUUAUGAGGGAGGAGUAGUAUUUAUAAGCGAUACAGCAAACAAUAUGGACCCCAGAGUAGAGUUCAUAAUGUUUCUGAGAUACUCUGUGUUGACUAAACAUGCAAAAACUGCAUUUAAAAAGUAAUUUAUGGGUACUAUAAAAAUAAAACAAUAAAAAAAAAGGAACUUGCAUCAAAGGCUAUAGGGAUCAUUCUUCUUUGGAGAUUUUUAUUUAUAAUAUGUGUGAGCUUUCUGCCUGGAAUCUAUAGUCCUGGAAUCAGAAAUUAUAAAGAUAUAUUGCUAAUUGUAAAACAUACCCUGGUACAUCUAACAAAAUUUUUCUAAGGGUUAAAAAUAAGCUAAGACUGGUAACGAAAUUACAGUACUUGGAAAUGGUAAACAGAAAGUGCAUUGGCUAGGGAUUAGCAAACAUCAGGUUACAAUAUCAUUUUUGUUUUAAUAUUCCAUAGGUAGAGUAUCAUGAAAAACCAUAGUCUGAAUAGAAAGCUUUAGUUUGAUAAUCAUUAGAUCUUUCUGGUGUUUAUCUUGGAUAUUGCAUCCUGGUGUUCAGCUUUUCAUCCUUACUUUUAUCUUAGCUUAUUGAUCAUCAGUUCUAUCUACCUUUAUACUAAAUAGUUUUAACUUAAUGUUCAUUGUAUUUUUCCAGUUUUUAUUCUAGAAGUUGUAACAUGAAUGCCACAGGCAUUGUAAUUUGGUUUCUAGUGAGCUAUAUCUUAAUGAUCAUCAAGUAAUCCUGAACUUUAUUCUGGACUAUUGUAGCCAGAUGGCUAUAUUUAUCCUGGACAGUUGUAGCUUAGUAUCCAGUUUGGGUACUGAUCAUUUGUAAUACUAUGAUCAUUAGGGGAACCAAAAAGUUUUCUUAGAAGUUGUAUCAUUUCAAUCAGAAUAUUGUUUUGUAAUUUCUCCUGGACAAUGAUAACCUGUUGUUCAAAACAGCUCUAAAUAUUAAUCUAGUAGUUGGUAACUUGAUAAUCAUCCAUUCAUUCUGAUCUUCACAAUAGAUACUUGUGACAAGUGAUCAUUGUGUCAUCUUAACUUGUGGACCAUUGUAACUUGAUGAUCAUCUUUAUCCUGGGCUGUUUAACCUAAUGAUCAUCAGAUUGCUUUAACCUUUAGUUGAAAAUUGGUUGUCUUGAUAAUCAAGUCAUUUUAGUCCUUAUUCUUAACUGUUAGAGCUCAGUAAACAUGGUGCCAUUCUCAUUUUAUUUUCCUGAUAACUGUUAGAUCAUUCUUACUUAUUCUAUAUAAACAUAAUCUGAUGAUUAUCAUUUCAGUGUGAUCUUUAAGCUAGAAAGUUGUAACAUAUUGAUUAAACUAGAAGAAUAUAGGUAAUAUAUUAUACUAAAAAGUUCUAGUUAAUUGAUUAAACUAACAAGUUACAGCAUAGUAAUUAAACUAAAUUUGUAUUUUAGUGAUUAUUAAGUCAUUGGGUUUUUAUAUCAGACUAUUGUAGCUUGAUGACAAAUAAGUUGUUCUGUCCAUUAUUUUACACAGUUAUAGCUUGAUGACGAAUAAAUUAUUCUGUCCAUUAUUUUACACAGUUAUAGCUUGAUGAUGAAUAAGUUUUUCUUGACAACUAUUUAACACAUUUGUAACUUGAUGAUGAAUAAUUUGUUCUGUCCAUUAUUUUACAUAGUUGUAACUUAAUGAAUAAGUUGUUCUGUCCAUUAUUUUGCACAGUUGUAACUUGAUGAUGAAUAAGUUGUUUUGUCCAUUAUUUUGCACAGUUGUAACUUGAUGAUGAAUAAGUUGUUCUGUCUGUUAUUUUACACAGUUGUAACUUGAUGAUGAAUAAGUUGUUCUGUCUGUUAUUUUACACAGUUGUAACUUGAUGAUGAAUAAGUUGUUCUGUCUGUUAUUUUACACAGUUGUAACUUCAUUAUUAUUAGGUUCUUGAGUGUACCAUGAGGACAUUUAGUGUCAUUAGGCAUUCCCAUAUGUUCCUUAAAUAAUUAAUACCAGUAAGAUAUUCUGACCAUUAGUCACUUAAUGCCUGUUUAAUCUUCAUAGAAUUAGUAACUGAAUUUUGUUUUAAUAAUGAUGAUAUACUUCAGCUGUUUCAUAAGUUGAUUAUCCUGUAUGAAAUACAGACAUAUUUAUUAUAACCAAAAAUAUGUUUGCUUAAAAUUUUGAGGUCUGAUCAGUCAGAUUUACCCAUAUGUAAUCAGAAUUACACCAGUGGAAUCUAGUGAAUGGAUUACUUGUGGUAGUGUAGUACUUCAUACCAUGUAAGUAUUUAAAGCAACUCUACAGUAUUGAAUGUGAUAAGCAUGCUUCUGUACUCUCUCUCUUUUUAUCUAAGGAUUACGACUCCAUUGGAAUUUUACUUUUGUUUUUUCAGAUUCUAAGUUUUCACAGGUUUGUAGUUAUGUCUAGGUUUUUCAUCUUACAGGAAUUAUAUUUAUUCUUGAUUAUUAGAAAAUGACACAGACUUAAUGUUCCUCUUCCACAGAUUUAGUAACAAUUAUCUCAAUUGGACAUGUUUAAGAUGUUUAAAUAAGAGUAUUUGUUGCCAAUCUUGCCUAAAUUUUGCAUUGUUCUGCCUCGGCUAUCAUUAAUUAUAACUACGUUUAUUGAAAAGUAACCUAAAGGUUUAGACUUUAGAGACUAAUAUAAUCUAUUUUCAUGUUCAAAGGCUUUGGUCAAACAAUAGAUCUCUUUUUGAAGAAUUCUACUAUGUUUUUGUAUUUUGUAUUGAUACAUACAUGAUACUGUAGUGUUUUUUCAUUAUCUGUGCUUAAAUGUAUAUGUGAAAUUAUUCAGUUUUCCCCAUUGAUUGUUAUUGCCAUCAGUUGAUAUUUCAACCAAUCGAAAAAAGUAUCGCUGAAACAAUAAAAUUAAUUAUGUAAUAAUA